AUGCUUUUUCCAACAAUUUUAGGUGUCGGCGCAGGGAUUUAUGUACUCCUUUUCCUAGCAAACUUCUUCGGCAUUACUCCCAUGGUUGUCGAAAAAGUUAAUAGCACCUUCCAAUCUUCUUUUCCAGCUCGUGAAUCUCGUCUAGUAGACUCAAUACUUGAAGCGGCCUCCCGCAUGGCAGCGGAACGUCGUCUACUAAAUCCCGCCUUCAAUUACACCAUGCGAUCUAUAUUCAGCACUAUCAGUUGUACGGUUUAUAGCUAUCCCUCUACCGGUGGUAUAUUCAUCAAAGACAAUGCCAAUAUUGUGGAUAUGAAUUUCCUAUCUCUGACUCGUCUUUACCCAACUCAAAGAUCACAUGAUCCUGUUGAAGAGGAUGAAUUUUGCGUCUUGAUGCGAAAAGUUGGGGCAAUCUGGUGGAGUAGCGAACGUCAUCACGCGAUCAAAUGGACUUCUCUAGAUGAUGAUUACCAAGAAGCAGGUGUGCCGCCCUCAAUGCUUGCUAAUGCACAGAAAAGAAACUUAAUCUUUGGAUGGCCAAAAAACGGAGGUGUUUGGGUAUUGAGGUAUGAUACGCAUGAAGGCAUGAAGAAUUAUUUGCCGAGAGAUCUCGGGAGAAUUAAUUUGGCAGUGGAUAUGGAUGAGAGGGUGCAGAUCAUGCGGGAAUAUGAUGCUACUUUCUAUCAAAACGAGCGGGACGUAGAAGAACUUGGUGAUGGAUAUUGGAGAGCAGAGGCCGAUGAGUGCGAGUGA